GCGGCAGUGCGCGCCACGACGCACGGGACGCAGCAGGCAGGUGAUGUCGUGAUGGCGAGCCUGGGAGUGAGGCCGUCUACGACGCCGACGCCGGUGACGCCUGCGCCGCAGGCGGCGGGCUCUCCACACAACAAGCGGCCAACCGUCAUCAUAUACCCAACUGUGUCACCGGAGACGGUGGUGAUCCCGAUCGUGUCGUGCAUCCUGGGCUUUCCGCUGCUGGCGCUGCUCGUCAUCUGCUGCCUGCGUCGGCGCGCCAAGCUGGCACGGGAGAGGGCGCGGCGCCGCGCAGGGAACUGUGAAGGUGACGGCGGAUCGAUGUCACUGGUGCGGUUCAGUCCAGUAACCAAAUUAGGGUCGGACCGUUCGUCGCGAGCCGUGAGCCUGAGGAGCGAGAGGGCGCUCAGCCGUGGUUUCCCCUCGCUGGAGCUGGACACCGUAGUGGAGGAACGCUCCGACCCCGAGACCACGGAGAUCGCAGACACCUAACUCCACGCUGCCUGCACUCACACGUCGGAUUCUCAAUUAUAAUCCGCAUCUCACCAGUUUACUCAAAAGUUCUGAAGAUCAGUCACCAAAGAGAUGACAAAAGCUUUAAAUUGUAUGCAUAUACAAUAAACCAACAAAAGUUC